GUUUGGGGGCUGGUAGCUGCAAGCAGCAAGUGGGUGCCAUAGCCAUGGCAAGACUCCAACCAUGAGGUAUGGAAUGCAAAUGAUGCCGAUGCAGAGGGUGUGGCUGGUUCUGGUACCUGUCGUGGCUGGCAGUGACGCGUGUGGCCAUGGCCCUCCCAGCGUAUCCCCACCUUUCGAUCAGAAGCACAGCGCAGAUGUCUGCAAGCAGUGCGUGACCUCCAGCAAUUGCCAGUGGUGCCCUUUGAGCCAAAGCUGCGGGACGAAGCGGAUGAUGGGCUUCGAUGCUAAGUGCAUGGGCAACGGCGACAACGAUAAGCCUGUCGACACUGGUCGUGACUGCGGGUAUUUGCCACCUUGGAUGCCUAUUUUGGAAGACGCAUAUGGUGCCAGCUUGGAGAAGGCGAAUUCUGACGUGAUGCGCUGUUUGCAAGGCCGCGUUGAACGAUGGAAGGUGUGGCCAGAUUCAGAACUGAAGAGCUGGCCCUCCGCCAAGAUCUCUGAGUUCUCCUGCAUGUCGACCCUUCUUCGUGAAGCUGCUUUGACGUCUCUCUCCACUCAUCAGGUUCAGCUGAAAGAGCAGGGCGAGUGGUCAGGCACCAUCCAGGCCCGUGCUUUGAGCGCAGAAGACUUGGAGGGGCAUGAGGUUCACAGCAAAUUCUGCGAAGCCUACCAUGUGCUCUUCCCACACGAAGCUUGCAAGGCCAAGGUCUUUGGAGCGCAAGAGUUCGCAGAGCUGCGCCAAAAGGCGGCGAGCCCGGGAGGCGCAUUCCCAGACAUCACCGCCGAUUUGGAGAGGUCACUGAGGUCUGGGCCCCUUCGGCCGCCCAAGUCUAAGGACUCGAACGACCCGAUGCGCCAGGGGUCAAUGCCAUGGUCUUGCCGCGCCAUCUGGGCCCGGCAAACCCGCACGUGGCUGAGGUUGGAGCCAGGCUUCGCGACCACCUAUGACGGCCGAUUCACCAUUAGCAUAAGGUUUGAGGAGUUCAAAAACCUUGGCAAGCUGAUCCAUGGCCAGUCAUCCAAAGAAGGUGCCAUCCCCAUGAGAUCACAUCUCCGGCGUCACCCCUACUCCUUGCUUCAGAGAAUUUAUGGCCUGGUGCGAGUGAAAAUGCUUGACUUCGACGAGUUUUGCCUGAUCAUGGCGAAUGAAGGCUACAACCUCGAGAAGAAGAUCCAAGGAGGAGCUGCCGUGACGCGCUACGAUCUCAAGGGCAAGUCAAGGAACCAGAAGAAGAAGCGAACAGAUCCCAAUGCGUAUGCAUUACUCAAUGGCGACUUCCAGGAGAGGGAGGACAACCAGUUGCCUCUCAGGAACUGGCAGUGCAAAGCGUUGAAGAAAAAGGCAGUGCCGGAUAUCGGCUGGCUGGAGUCUCACGGCAUGGCCGGGUACAGCUUCUUUGUGGAGAUCGCCAAGAGUGAGAGAACGAUGGUCGGCUGUAGUGGCCUUCCAGGGGUGCCAUUGUGCAACGAGCGGAGCGACAGGACCACCACCACGGUGGCCAUUGUGGACUAUGCCAAGAGCUCAUCAGCAGCUAUGAAAUUUGGUGGGUAUAUGGAGGACUUCAUUGAAGACGUGUGCAUCAUGAACAAGAAGGAGUCGCUGGAGUCGUGGCAGAUCUUUCUUGUCGUGGGUGUCUUUGCCGUGAUGCUGCUAGCUGGUGCCUUGGCAUGCUGGAAGUACGGGGCGGACUUCAUGCGGUCCACGCAGCCGCACGAGCUUCGUGAUCAAUCGUUGGAAAUGACGGCACGCAACGUCAGAGGGCCAGGGUACUGAACGCUGACCAUUUGCUGUGGGGUUUGCGCUGUUUCUUUGGCGGAUGCCAACUGCUUGCCCAAGUGAGCAAACAUGCAGGAGUGCAAGUGACCUUUCCUGG